AUGAUUUCCUUUCUUAUAUGCGAAAAUAUUCUUUCUGAUUCAAAUUCGAUAAUCAAAAAUAACUAUCCGAGCAGGAUUAUAUAUUUUGUCAGCGGAAGCUCUUCUCAAUAUAUCAAUAAUUCAGUACAAAAGACAAAACCAGAAUAUGCUUUCAAUCAGAUUGAAAAGAAAUACGAUUGGUGUUCAAAUUGUGGUGUCAAUAUGGAAGAUCACCCAUGGAUAAUUCUUGGAGUUCGCAAUCGUAUUUUGAAACUUGAUGGAUACUUCCUCAGAGCAGGAUGCUGCACAGAUGGAUGCUGUUGCUAUGAAGAAGGAACAUACUGCUGUGAUUGCUGUCUAUUUUCAUGGUCAUUCCAAAUAUCAUUUGACAAUGUAACAUGGACAACAAUUCACAAGGUUGAAAAAGACUACGAAAUGAGACGCUGCAAAGAAAAAACAUAUACAUUCAGCCAAACAUAUAAUGCUAGAUAUGUUAGAGUAAUCCAAGAUCAAGCUUGCCCAGGCGAUCCACCAUGCAUGGCAAUUAACAAGAUUGAAUUAAUAGGAUCACCUGAAAAUUCAGAUUCUCAUGCUGAAGACUUUAACAACCAAGAAGCAGAUGAGGACGACGAAGUUAGUAUCAUCGGACAUGUUUCGAGGAAUGGCAAUUAA